UCCCCCUCCCGGUGAUGGAGGAAGAGGAGGCUGCAGAGGGGAAAAUGAAGCAGUUCCACGGCGCUGUCGCGGUGGGGGUCGGCGGGUCCCUUGGGGCGGCGCUGGAUACGGAGCGCGGCCGCUUCCCGUACUGCGUCGUGUGGACGCCUAUCCCCGUUCUCACAUGGCUCUUCCCCAUCAUUGGUCACAUGGGCAUUUGUACUUCUGCGGGAGUCAUCCGAGAUUUUGCAGGGCCUUACUAUGUCUCUGAAGACAACAUGGCUUUUGGAAAGCCCGUGAAAUACUGGAAGCUGGAUCCCAACAAAGUCUAUUCCUGUGGUCCCAAUGCUUGGGAUACAGCGGUACAUGACGCCUCUGAGGAAUAUAAGCACCGAAUGCACAACCUCUGUUGUGACAAUUGCCAUUCUCAUGUAGCUCUAGCCUUAAAUCUCAUGCGAUACGACAACAGCACUUCCUGGAAUAUGAUCAAACUUUGUUUUUUCUCCUUGCUCUAUGGAAAGUAUGUAAGCAUAGGAGGCUUUGUGAAGACCUGGCUCCCCUUCUUCCUCUUUUUGGGGAUUAUCCUGAUAGUCAUCUUGACUCUUCACAUGCGGUGAUGGAUGACAUUGGUGUGUCCACCCACCCUCCCACUCUGCCCUUUUCCCCUUUGAAGUCAAGUGAUGGAAACCGUGGCUUUUCAGCCUAGGAAGGCACAGAGCGGCGUGGUCUGGAAGCCCUCGGAAAAGAACUCCAUUUGUAUUUUGUAAUAAUAACUCUCCUGUUAUCCUGUGGGACUCUUUGUCUGGAUGGUGACGAUGAUGAUGAUUUCUUUCAACAUACUUGACUUUGAAUGUUUUGGGACUGGGAAAGGAGGGAGAAUCUUGCAUUUUACUUCUCACCAAAACUCCUUUGUGACCAAAGGUUCCCACAGGGAAAUCCAAAAUAGGGUCUGGGUCGCCAGGACAAGGGAGGGUUUCGUUAUCCUUGGGUUAGGUGCAUAGGUGGGUGGUAUCUUUCUCUGAUCUCUCCCAAAGAUGAGUAAUGGGCACUAAAUGGAAGGUGGCUGUCUCUGGUCACUGCCCUGUGGAAUAGGGUUGUAUUUGCUUGCACUGAACGAUAGGAUUUCCAGUGGGCCUGGUUAUAGCACUUUUUUCCAGCUGGUGGCCUCAAAACGGGAGAAUGACCCCCUUGGUAUAUGCAGGGCUUUAUGUAAGAUGAGAUGGAUUUGAGUUUUUUCAUGUGCAGGCAGGACUUAAACUAAGGGUGACACUUGGGCUGUUGCUUUCCUCUUGUCCACUGCACAGGAAGUAUGUCUUUUUGUUUGUAUGCGUGUUCUUAAGUCUAGUCUCAGGAACCAGCAUUCUAAAGGCAGUUGAUCUUUGUCGCGUUCUUGUCAGCUCGAACGGCCCCUAUCACAGUCCUGGUAAAGAAUGGAAGCUGCUCUCUUUGAUAAGCUGUUCUUGAGAAUUCUGGUAAGACUUCCUGAUUUCCUUUAUAGACUUGCAGUUUCAAAGUCCUUGCUCUGCCUGGGUUCUUCAUACAUUACACUGUGCCUUGGAAGUCACUAGAAUCAUAACCCACAGCCAUUAAAUACUUCGCCUUUUAUAGCGAGUGUUGGAUGCUAGAAGCCACACCAGUGUCAUGUCUGCUUUUAGGAAAAGUGGGUCAUUCCUUCGGGGGCCCAGCUCUUCCAUGCUGCAUCCAGGUAUCUGAAAAGCAAUAGCUGUUCAGAUGAAUUUUAACUUAAUUUGUGUGUAUGGCCUUGCCUGCGGUGCGAAGAAAGGGGCAGCCUCUUCUUUUGAAUGAAAGGUGACCUAAAAGAUUGUUGCGCUCUCCUUUCAUUUCCACCCUUGUCGUUCCCUUGCUCCCCUUCCUCUUUUUGUUCCUCCUGCAGUGCCAAAGAUUUGCACUGUGUAAAAGAGAGGCACCUGUGGCUUAGCAAGCCUUCUUGGGGGUCUCACCGUAUUCAGCCAUUUCAAGCAUGAACGACGGCAGCUGUAGAAAACUGAUCAAUAAGCUCUAGGCUGAUUAGAGAUCAAAGGUCUUGCAUCAAAGUGACACCGUGUGGUGUUCCGUCAAGCUAUUCCUGGGCUGUUUUGCUUACUUCCCAGCAGGGAUUCUAGUUCUUAUGGAAAUAAUAGACUGAGUUCACUGAAUUGAUAACACACACAUACUCAUUUUUUUCCCCUCUUGUAGUGACUUGCCAAAAAAAGCUCCAGGAAGCCCAAGCAUUUCCCAGACCCGGAACUCAAAGCCAACUGUCUUUCUUCCUGUCUAAGCUCAUCUUUUCAGUCAGUCAGAAAGUGCUUUCCUGACAUAAUAUGACUGUACAAGCAUCACCAAAAAGUGAAGCUUGCUGGAGGAGCAAAAAAAUCAUGGACAGUUCCUGCACUCUCUCUCUCUCUCUCUCUCUCUCUCUCUCUCUCGUUCUCAGCAUCUCUUCCUCCCCCUUUCCUUCCAGUAUUUUGGUCCUCACAGUUUCUUUUUAAGUCUGUUUUUGUGAACAGGCCAAUUAAUGAUAAAUAGGGAGGCGCAAAGGAGAAGAUGGAGUGACGGGAGGGACCCAGUUAGUCAAAUGUUCAAACCUACGGAAGAGCUACUGGUCUGAGAUGGGCGGCUGUAUAAAUUGAAUAAAUAAAUAAGAGCUGUAGCUGCAGAUGCAGCUUGUCUAGCUUGUUUGCUUGCUUGACUAGGAAGGAUUUCCUAGUUGUGGCUGAGGGGUAGUCCUGGCCAGUAUAACAGUGUGAUUGGAAACAGCUGCCCUGUUCUCCAUUCACACACAAACACAAGUUACAAAUUGCUACCACUUCUAACAUAAGUUCUUACAGGGCGGCUAAUAACUGAGCUAUACCCUUUAUUGUAAAGCAGUUGUGGGGCGGUUUUACCCUACAUCAUAUUUGCAAUCCUGAUUUAUUUGGCUUCCAGGGAUUCAGGGGAGCUGAACAUGAGUUUGCAGGACCAUGGAAAAUUGUGGCUUAAGCAAGGCAGGUAGUGGGGUGCGUGUGUGGUACUCAGAUUGAGGUUUCUAGCCUUCGCACAAUCACAUCUCACUUAAAUAUAGCCAGGCCUAAGUUUCAUCAUAGAAAUUGGCCCUUCUUGUUCAACAGCCACAUGAUAACUCUUUAUCUUUCAAAUAGCUAUGUUAAUGACUUUAGGACUUACUGUGUUUUAAAAUUCUUCUGUGGGGAGCACAUCUGGGUAGAAUUUUGGAGGGCUGAAUCUUGAUUUGGAGCCUGCCUGCACAUGCUUGUACACAGCCCCUGACUGGAGUUCAUUGUGGGGUCAACAAGAAAAAAGAACCCCAUAUUACUACUUGGUUGCAUAGAUGCAGUGAGAAACCUGUAUGCAGUGACAUGGUCUGCUGUGAGCUCUGCAUCAAUUUCACAUUCACGUCUACCGUGAAAUGUCUUGGAUGUAGAAAUUAGUAAAGUCCAGAGUACUUUCCCAAAUGUUCAUCUUCCAUUCUCUUUUUCCUUUACAACUUUUCAUUUUUGUUACCUUCUGUCUUCCAUUUUUCCUUUGGUUUAGACUUUCUCUGCAGAGCUCCAUCAAUUUGCCCCAAUUUGUUCUUUCUUUCCUUUGCUGGUGACUAGCUAGAUGGUCUUCUAGUCCAGUUGCUCGAUUCCUUUGUAAAUACCAAACUCUGCUGCUGUAAUUUCAUAAUCCCAAUGAUGGUGAAAAAUAAACGCAUUUCUGUGUACUCCG